AUGGGACGCCCUCCUAGCAGCGGGUACUGUCAUACUUGCCGGCAAAGACGUAUCAAAUGCGAUCGGGCUAGGCCAUCAUGCGAACGGUGUCUAAAGUCGGGCUACAAGUGCAAAGGUUACGACAACCCCCUGCGAAUGCAAAAUCUGACAAUCGGCGCGCAGCCUGACGGCGGGAAAAGCCUGGUUCGAGUGCCCACGGAGUCGACAGAAACGAUGAUUCUGCCGGAGAUCCCGGUUGAGCUUCCCUUGACUGCAUUUCGUGACCGCAUGGCAUUUACGUAUCUCCUUGCCAACUAUCGAUGGGCCCCCUUCUGGAAGCCACUACUACGCAUUGCCAUACUGGAGGGAAACGAACCGGAUGCAGUCAAGUUUCAUUAUAUGGGGUGCCUCGCUACUGCUCUUGCGUACAUGGGCCAUCAUGUUAAUGAGCCUAAAAUGAUAUCUGACGGAUACGAAUUGAAUGGGAAAAUCCUCCACGCACUUCAGUCAGCUCUCUCAGCGAAGUCAAAAUCGGACAUCGCACCCUGGGCUUUUACGAUCCUGGUUUUGUGCCUCUACCAGUACGCUGUAGAGAAUAAGACAGAGCUUCCGCACUAUCGCGGAAUUAUCAGGGUUAUCGAGUACUGUGGACCCGAAUACUUCCAGCAUGAGCCCCUUUUGACCUACUACCGUCAAAUUAGGUCGCAACAUUCUUGUAAUUCUUUCAAUCACAACGAACCAUCUUUUUUCGAAAAGGAAAACUGGAAGACAGUCCCUUUCAAAUAUAGUAAAAAGACGGCAUACGACUUUCUCACAGACGUAUUCAUCGACUUACCUGGGCUGAGUGCUUCGCUUGUUCGCUCAGCGAUGCCCAUGAGCGCAGAUCAAAAGGCUGAACUUGAGAUGAAAACGGAGGGUCUUAUCUCACGCCUGAAAAAAUGGAGGCAUCAGUGGGAGGUUGACAAUCCAAAAGUCGCAACUGAAGUCUGGCUGCCGUUGACAUCUGAAGAAGUGUCACCACCUUGGCUGAACAAUCUGCUGUCCAGGCCACUAGAAGUCCGAACAGCAGAACACGCAGCUCAUUUGCUAGUAUAUAACGCGGGGGUUAUAUAUCUCAUGCAAAUCCUGGUCGCUUUGCGUACAGGAGUUCAUCAACCACAACCUUUCCCGGCUGAAAUGGACCCCUCAGUCGCGAAGCCAGCAGAUGACCCGUUAUACAUGCCAAACGAGUUGAAAUAUCCGUGGCAGCCAUCGAUUGAAGCCCUGAGGCUUAUGCGUCUAGCACCCAAGCUCCUUUCGAUUAGAGAGAGUACCACAAUGAUUGCGGCGUCGCCUAUCGGUAUCAUCUACAACUCUCUGGUUCGCAACGACACUCUCAGCCGGCUCUUUCUAUCCACAAUUGCCCGCCCCAAAGAGUACGAUAUCAUCAGAUCAGAACUUUCGGCAUUUUCCAUACCCCAAUAA